CUCCUCCAUCUCUGUCCUACUUUCUCAACGUUUGUAUCUCUUAUUAUUCCCAUUCUCUGGGGUCGCUGGAGGAAUUGUCAACAUGAGUGCCUUUGUUUCGGAGAACAUGACCUCCGCCCUCCUGGUGGUUGGCACAGCCAUUUUCGCUGUCUUGGUCGGCGCGAAGCUGCUCGGUGGCAGUGGUAAAGCCAGAAAGGUCUUGAACCCCACCGAGUUCCAGAACUUCGUCUUGAAGGAGAAGAAUGAGAUCUCUCACAACGUCGCCAUCUAUCGCUUUGCCCUGCCCCGCCCCACUGACAUCCUGGGUCUGCCCAUUGGUCAACACAUCUCUCUCGCCGCUACCAUUGAAGGCCAGCCCAAGGAGGUUGUGCGCUCCUACACCCCAAUCUCUUCCGACAAUGAGGCUGGCUACUUCGAUCUCCUCGUCAAGGCCUACCCCCAGGGUAACAUCUCUAAGUACCUGACCACCCUGAAGAUCGGCGACAAAAUGAAGGUGCGCGGCCCCAAGGGCGCCAUGGUGUACACCCCGAACAUGUGCCGCCACAUUGGUAUGAUUGCCGGAGGAACCGGUAUCACCCCCAUGCUGCAGAUCAUCAAGGCCAUCAUCCGCAACCGCCCCCGUAACGGUGGCAACGACACCACCCAGGUGGACCUGAUCUUUGCCAACGUCAACCCCGACGAUAUCCUGCUGAAGGAGGAACUGGAGCAGCUGGUCAAGGAGGAUGAUGGCUUCCGUGUCUACUAUGUGCUCAACAACCCCCCCGAGGGCUGGACUGGUGGUGUUGGAUUCGUUACUCCUGACAUGAUCAAGGAGCGCCUCCCUGCGCCGGCCGCGGACAUCAAGAUCAUGCUGUGCGGACCUCCUCCCAUGAUCAGCGCCAUGAAGAAGGCGACCGAGUCUCUCGGAUACACCAAGGCUCGCCCCGUCAGCAAGCUUGAGGACCAGGUGUUCUGCUUCUAAGCGUUCCUACCUGUUUGUGCUUGACAGCUUAUAUAACAGAUAAAAAGCAUGUCUUCCCGUCGCGAUGUUAGCUCGGAUAGAUGUGCGGAUGCUCAUAUUUGAGAUAUGCCAUACUAUGUUGGUGUUGGACCCGGAAAAAUGCCUUUACCGUUUCGGGAUGAUAGAUUUAGAUGAGGUACUCACUCUAGCGGGUUUCACUACCAUUUAAGUACGCGCGAUACCUA